CCGGAGCGCGCGGCGUCGCAGACUGAGGCGGCGGCCGCCCGGUGGCCCCGCGCGCCGCGGCGAUGCCGGACCAGAUCUCCGUGUCGGAAUUCGUGGCCGAGACCCUCGAGGACUACAAGGCGCCCACGGCCUCCAGCUUCACCACGCGCACGGCCCAGUGCCGCAACACCGUGGCGGCCAUCGAGGAGGCUUUGGAUGUGGACCGGAUGGUUCUUUACAAAAUGAAGAAAUCAGUGAAAGCAAUAAACAUCUCUGGGCUGGCGCACGUGGAGAACGAGGAGCAGUAUACCCAGGCCCUGGAGAAGUUCGGCGGCAACUGUGUGUGCAGAGAUGACCCGGAUUUAGGGAGCGCGUUCCUAAAGUUCUCGGUGUUCACCAAGGAGUUGACGGCGCUAUUCAAAAACCUGAUUCAGAAUAUGAACAACAUAAUCUCCUUCCCUUUGGACAGUUUGCUGAAAGGCGACCUGAAAGGAGUCAAAGGGGAUUUGAAAAAGCCUUUUGACAAAGCUUGGAAGGACUAUGAAACAAAAAUAACCAAAAUAGAAAAGGAGAAGAAGGAACACGCCAAGCUUCACGGGAUGAUUCGCACUGAAAUAAGUGGGGCAGAAAUUGCGGAAGAGAUGGAAAAGGAGCGGCGCUUCUUCCAGCUCCAGAUGUGCGAGUAUCUGCUGAAGGUGAAUGAAAUCAAGAUUAAAAAGGGAGUGGAUUUACUUCAGAAUCUGAUCAAAUACUUCCAUGCCCAGUGCAACUUUUUCCAGGAUGGACUGAAAGCAGUAGAGAGCCUCAAACCUUCCAUCGAGACGCUGUCCACAGACCUCCACACGAUCAAGCAGGCCCAGGAUGAAGAAAGAAGGCAGCUCAUACAGCUUCGAGAUAUUUUGAAGUCAGCACUGCAGGUUGAGCAGAAAGAGGAUUCCCAACUUCGCCAGAGUACAGCUUAUAGCUUGCAUCAGCCUCAGGGGAACAAGGAACACGGCACGGAGCGGAAUGGCAACCUCUACAAGAAAAGCGACGGGAUCCGAAAAGUGUGGCAGAAAAGGAAAUGUUCAGUGAAAAAUGGUUUUCUGACCAUAUCCCACGGUACGGCUAACCGGCCUCCUGCAAAGCUCAACCUCUUGACCUGCCAGGUGAAGACCAACCCUGAGGAGAAGAAGUGUUUCGACCUCAUCUCACAUGACAGGACGUACCACUUCCAAGCAGAGGACGAGCAGGAGUGUCAGAUAUGGAUGUCCGUGCUGCAGAACAGCAAGGAAGAGGCUCUGAACAACGCAUUUAAGGGUGACGACAGCACUGGGGAAAAUAACAUCAUCCAGGAGCUGACCAAGGAGAUCAUCUCGGAGGUGCAGAGGAUGACGGGCAACGACGUGUGCUGUGACUGUGGAGCACCAGAUCCCACAUGGCUUUCCACCAACCUGGGCAUCCUGACCUGCAUCGAGUGUUCCGGAAUCCACCGAGAGCUGGGGGUUCACUACUCCAGGAUGCAGUCCCUGACGUUAGAUGUGCUGGGAACGUCUGAGCUGCUGCUUGCCAAGAAUAUCGGGAAUGCGGGCUUUAACGAGAUUAUGGAGUGCUGCCUGCCAGCCGAGGACGCCGUCAAACCCAACCCAGGCAGCGACAUGAAUGCGAGGAAGGACUACAUCACAGCCAAGUACAUCGAGAGGAGGUACGCGAGGAAGAAGCACACAGAUAGUGCGGCAAAGCUGCACAGCCUGUGCGAGGCCGUCAAGACGAGGGACAUUUUCGGAUUGCUCCAAGCCUAUGCCGAUGGUGUGGACCUUACGGACAAGAUCCCGCUAGCUAAUGGACAUGAGCCGGAUGAGACGGGCCUGCAUCUGGCAGUCAGGUCUGUGGACCGGACUUCUCUUCACAUUGUGGACUUUUUGGUUCAGAACAGCGGGAACCUGGACAAACAGACGGGCAAAGGCAGCACAGCCCUGCACUACUGCUGCCUGACUGACAACGCCGAGUGCCUCAAGCUGCUGCUGCGGGGCAAGGCCUCCAUCGAGAUCGCAAACGAGGCCGGAGAGACCCCGCUGGACAUCGCCAAGCGCCUGAAGCAUGAGCACUGCGAGGAGCUGCUGACCCAGGCCUUAUCCGGGAGGUUCAACUCACACGUUCACGUCGAGUAUGAGUGGCGGCUGCUCCACGAGGACCUGGAUGAGAGUGACGACGAUGUGGACGAAAAGCUGCAGCCCAGCCCCAACCGGCGGGAGGACCGGCCAGUCAGCUUCUACCAGCUGGGGUCCAGUCAGCUUCCACCCAGUGCCACAUCUUUAGCCAGAGAUGCUGCUGGCCUCGCCAAGGACAAGCCAAGGAGUUUCGUGCCCAACAUCCUGCAGAACGAGACCUAUGGAGCCAUCUUGAGCAGCAGCCCACCGCCGUCCCAGCCCACAGCCCCCAGUGCCACCGGCGCCCCCCCACUCCCACCGCGGAACCUCGGCAAAGUUCAGACAGCCUCCUCGGCUAACGCCCUGUGGAAGACAAACUCAGUCGGUGUGGACGGUGUCAGCAGGCAGCGAUCUUCGUCAGAUCCGCCCGCUGUCCACCCACCGCCGCCCCCUCUUCGAGGGACAUCAACCAAUCCCCUGACCUCCACGCCACCCCCCUCCGUGGCCAGGCCACCCGGCAUGCUGGAAGCCCUGGGCCAGCCAAGCAAGGCUGCACCGCCCACAGCCUCACAGAGCAAGCCCCUGCCACCCCAGCCGCCCAGCCGCCUGCCGCAGAAGAAGCCAGUGCCCGGGGCUGACAAGCCGAUGCCGCUGGGCAGCAAAGGCCAGCCAAGAGGGCCGGAUGCUGUGGGUCCCCUGUCCAACGCUGCGGCCCUGCAGCCGCCUGCACCCAUGCCCAGGAAGUCUCAGGCGGCCAAGGUGAAGCCCAAGCGGGUCAAAGCGCUCUACAAUUGUGUGGCGGACAACCCGGACGAGCUGACCUUCUCUGAAGGGGACGUGAUCGUCGUGGAUGGGGAAGAGGACCAGGAGUGGUGGAUCGGCCACAUUGAGGGAGAUGCCAGCCGCAAAGGAGCCUUCCCCGUGUCAUUCGUGCACUUUAUCGCUGACUGAAUCACCACUGAACACAGCCUUUCCACAGCUGCCCCAUUCCGGGCUCACUGGUACCAAAACUCUCGUCACAUCACCACCCUCGCCGCCAAGCACACUGCACAGCAGCAGGGUCUGUGCCCUCCCACCGUUCUGAGAGCCUCGAAGGCGAUUUUUACAUAUAAGUGAAUUGUUUUUAUAAUUUGCAGUUUUCAUGAAAUGUUACUGUACUUUUAUCAGAAAAAACUGAAUUUCCUAAGGUGAACCGAAAACUUACCUUAAUUACAUAACCAAGAUCUCGCAUCAACAGAAAGAGCUAAACCUAAAAAUGUUGAAAUGAAGACAGUUGGAAAGUCUUCCUGCUUUCCUUGGUCCAAUUCUGGAGUUACUAUUUUAGGAAGCAAAUAAACUGCCACUCAUAACGCACAGCCAGCCGCGCGUGGUGGCACAUGCUUGUCCUCCCAGCGCUCUGGGAGGCUGAGGCAGCAGGAUCCCAAGUUUGCCCCCAGCCAAGGCAACUUAGCCAUUUGUUGAGACCCUGUCUCAAAUAAAAAAUGAAGAAAGGGCCAGGGGUGUCAGCUCAGUGCAAAGACCCUGAGUUCAAUAUCAAGUUCCUGGGGGGGAAAUGAAAAUAUUUUAUGGCACGUGAAAAUUAUGUGAAAUUCACAUUACACUGCCCAUGAGUAAGGUUUCGUGUCCACAGCCAUGCCCAUCCAUCAGUUCACCUUUAAAGACACACACUCCCUGUAAACCCACCCAAGGUCUGCAAAAGCAGCCUGGGGAUUUAUACCCCGCUGUGUGCUCCGCGCCCUGCCCGGCAUGUGUAUGUGACCUUUGUUGUGAACAGUCACGCGUAACCAAGCUUCUGGUGGCCCCUGGCAACCUAUGGAAAUACCAGUUGAUCCCUUCCGGGUUAUGACAAACCACUUCUGGGUUGGGUGAAAACCACAGUGAUGAACUGCAGAACAGUUCCUUAACCCAGCUGACGUGCUUUCCAUGUUUCCACAUCUGCCUCCUCGGUUCCCCCAGGACACAAGCAGCUCUGCCUGUUGCUUCCUGUCGCGUGUGCCACUGACUGCCCUUUCUAGCCCCUGAGGACAUCCCUAGCUUAGCAUCUCGUGUCUAUAGAACGCAGACGGAAUGGUCGCUCCCCCAUCUCGUGUAUCCGUCCAUUUGUACUCAGCAGCUGUCAGGAAUCAAGGUCCCGGGGAACGCCUUGCUCCACACACCUGUCUUCCUGCUUAAGGCUAUCAGUGUCACUUAACCUUACACUACUGGGGGUUGGGGAGGGUCAGGGUGUGAGAAAAUCCCAACUCAUUAGCGUGAUCAACCCAUCAUACCUCUGUGAGUCAUUGUGAGCACCACAUUCGCAGUCAGGGACUGGAAAGCCUGGCCCCCUCUGGAGGUAAGCGGGCAUGUGAUGCCCCUCGGAACUUUGAAUGAAAUAAGAUAACGUAGGCGCGCAGGCUUAGAAAGCGAGGUGGCGGUGCCGUACCGCGUGCAUUACAGAGGCACGUUUGAUCGCGGCAGCUUGUCUUCAUGAUGCAAGACUCUCGUAAGUGUGGAUCUUUUAACAUUCUUUUGUCAAUUGUAUUUUUGUUUGCUCUGAUAAAGAACUGGAAUGUUUUAAGAUGUCGUAUAGCCAUUGCUUUUUGCCUUUCAACGUUCCAGGUAAAUAUGCAUUAGGUCUGUAGUUAAAGUCCUUUUUUUUUUUAAAGCACUACAUCUAAUUUCACUACUUGUCACUUUCUGCUGUUUGAACCCUCUGCUGAGUCACUUUGCUCAGGCUUCAGGGCGUGUGCACACCCCUCCUGCACAGGGCUGCCCUGUGUGCCUGGGACACUGGUGCCAGCGAUGGGAGGAAUCGAGCUGGCUCACAUCAGCGCUCGAACUCCAGGCCCACACUAAUCUGCCAGCCCGCUGGCACCAAAACACCUGGAAGUACUUUCCCAGUCUACAAUCUGCUGGUGCUCUCGAGGAGCCAUGAGUGGCCCUCUCCCGAGGAGAAAUUCUAUUCACUUCCCCAUGAUCUUUUGCUAGUUAUUUGCUCAUGGCAAAUUGGAAGGAAAGGAAAAAAAGAAAGAAAACCUGAAAGGAGAACACUGUAGAUAUCUAUUUAUAUUAAAGUUUACAUUUCAUGAACUUCAGCUGCAGGAUUCUGCCGCUUCUGUGUGUCAGCUCCCACGGAUCUAACCUGGGAGGCAGGCGGCUCUGCGAUCAGGUGGCCGCAGGUAGCUCCUGAGGUCGAUCGGUGGGCGGCUCGCUAUGCAGCCUGGGAGGAUGCUGUUUGAGAUGUAUUAUAUUCAGUCCACUCACUUGAUUACUUCAGUUUAGUUGCAGCGCAACUGUAAAUACUGUAUAACCGAAAUUAUUUUCAUUGUUCUUACUGCAGUGAUUUAUAAUUAGAGCAUGUUUAAUAAAGUUUACUCUCCUUGUCAACUAGUCGUUUGACUAGAAGAAAAAUAAAGUACUUUUAAAUGGA